AAUCACCUUCCAUCUGGUGGACUCAAUUAGGGCGCCGGGCCGCUCUUAAUAAGCGCUCUCUGGAUGCGCACUGGCGGCUGGUUACAAUCAUGGAGGGGUUCGUGUUCUCGCCGUACAGUUACAACAUGUACCCCGGGUGCGGCCCAUACCCCUUCGGAAAUCAGAAAGGCAAGCAGCAGAGCUGGAGCAAGAAAGGGCUCGCGUACCCGGGCCCCGAGCCGGCCGACUACCUGGAGCUGUGCAAGCGCGCUCAGCUGCGGGCCAUUCUGUCCCAGGUGAACCCGAACCUGGCGCCUCGUCUGCGCAAAGCCAACACCAAGGAGUUCGGCGUGCAGGUGAACCCGCGAGUGGACGCCGUGGUGCAGUGCUCCCUCGGUCCCAAGACCCUCUUCUAUCGAGAGAAGAAAUGGCUUUCUUCUUCCAAGCUGCCGCCGAGCCCGGAUCCGAAGCAGGACAAGUUCAUGCCCAGUACUCCGGUGAACAACGUGCGCUUCUCGCGCCCGGUCGCCAUCUACUCGCCCGUGUUCGACCGCAGGUUCUUCACGUUGCCGGACGGCGCGGACGCAGGUGCGGACGACGGCGCUUCGGUGGAGCCGGGAGAGGAGCGGGAUCGCGGCGCCGAGGAGGAGGAGGAGGAGGAGCGCCAGGAUGAGCUGAAGGAGAAAGGGGGCGAGGAGGUGUCUCCGGCGGAGGAGCCGCGUCCGAAGAGCACCGAGUUCAGCCAGGUGUCGAAGAAAUUCAACUUCCAGUUUCUGGAGCAGAAGUACGGCUUCUUUCACUGCAGUCAGUGCAACAUCCGAUGGGAGAGCGCGUACGUGUGGUGCAUCUCGGGAACCAACAAGGUGUACUUCAAGCAGCUCUGCCGCAAGUGCCAGGUCGGGUUCAAUCCGUACAGAGUGGAGUCGAUCCAGUGCCAGGGCUGCGGUCGGACCCGGUGCUCCUGUGAGAAGAAGCAACGGCACAUCGACAUGAAGCGGCCCCACCGCCAGGACCUGUGCGGCCGCUGCAAAGGGAAGCGCCUGUCCUGCGACACCACCUACAGCUUCAAGUACAUCGUCUGAUCCUUUUUUUUUUUUUUGUACUCAGCUUUUCUACGUCUUUUACGACAUGCAGGAAAUCCACCCGGAGGCAAAGCUAUAUUUUUGUAUGACUGUAAAUAAAGGGAGUUUAAAGCAGACUAGCUGUCCUGGUAAACACUAAAAGGGGAGAGGUGGCUAAUAGGCUCAGGUGUUUGCACAUUCCUGCGGUGAAGUGGUGCCAUUUUCAGGAGGAGAACUCAUGCUGAAACUAUUAAUAGAGCACUUCUCUCAGUAAGACCUAUAAAAAUGACCCUGAAGCAGUUUAAGUGGUGUCCCUUUUAAUGAUUGCAGAGCUGUACUGAAAUUCCUCAACCGGCGAUGGUAAGAUCAGGCUUGGCCAUAUAUACCCACCCCCUCAGUCCUCAGAGAGGUGAAACACAAUAGGUAAAGAAAGCAGUCUUUUCCUUGUCUUCCACUAGUAAAGACACUCUAAAGCAGGGACCUACAACUGUACUUUAACAGUGCUUGAUUACAAGGUGUUGACUGAAAGUCAUUGCACUGUAUGGCUGAACUCAAGAGAUGG